AUGGAGGAUUAUUAUCGCAAACAGCGCCAACGCGCGAGGCUUCGCAGCCCUUGGUCCUGUUCCUUGGUCACCAUGAUAUGCACCGGUCUGUCGCUACUGCUGUUGGCGACUAUAGCUCAGUCGUUUCUCGCACGCCAACUGGAUGACAAGGGCUGCAACAUGUCGUACAUGCUCUCGGCUUUUGCCAAAUACACAGACUUCGACACGGAGCAUACAAGAUUUGCGACAAAGUACUCAUUGUACCUGUAUCGCGAGGCUGGCAUCGAUCAGGACACGCGCGUCAAGGGCAUCCCAGUCCUAUUCAUCCCAGGCAACGCUGGCAGCUACAAGCAAGUGCGAUCGAUGGCAGCCGAAGCCGCCAAUUACUACCACGAUGUGCUGCAACACGACCAGCAAGCUCAGCAAGACGGCAAGCGUCCCUUCGACUUCUUUUCGGUCGACUUCAACGAAGACAUUACCGCCUUCCACGGCCAGACGCUCCUAGACCAAGCCGAAUACCUAAACGAAGCCAUCGCAUAUAUCCUCGCCCUGUACCACAAUCCUCAUCGCAGUCUACGCGAUGAGUCCCUACCCGAUCCUACCUCGGUCAUGCUCGUUGGCCACUCAAUGGGCGGCAUUGUUGCUCGCACAAUGUUCACAAUGCACAACUAUCAACCCAAUACUAUCAACACCAUAAUCACCCUUUCCGCUCCUCAUGCUCGUGCGCCCGUUUCUUUCGACCAGGACAUUGUCGACACAUAUCAGAACAUCAACGAUUACUGGCGCAAAUCAUAUUCUGUAGAUCAAAGCCCGUUGGAUCAUGUCACUCUGGUUUCAAUCGUUGGUGGAGGCCUGGACACCGUUGUACCUUCGGACUACGCUAGCUUGACAUCUCUGGUGCCCGAGUCGCAUGGUUUUACAGUUUUCACUUCGACGAUGCCUCAUGUCUGGACCGGUAUGGAUCAUUUGGCCAUUAUAUGGUGCGAUCAGCUCCGAAAGGCUGUCAUCAGGGCGCUGUUCGAUGUGGCCGAUGUAAAACAACCUACACAAACAAUCCCACGCGAGGAGCGCAUGCGCCACUUCCGUAAACGCUUCCUGACAGGCCUGGAAUCCACCGUGCAAAAAGAGCUACCGGAUCAGGAGGCAAAGAUGCUGCUCUCUCUAGACGAUCAAUCUUCAAAUAUUCUCAGUCAAGGCGAACGAUUGAGUUUGCGGCAGCUUGGAUCUUCUGCCAAGACUGAAGCUCACGUUUUGCCUGUGCCUUCCCUGGUUGAGAACGAUUCUCGGAAACUUUCUGUCCUGACUAACCAGAAGAUCGAUGAACAUGGUCCUGUUCAGAUCUUCCUCUGUUCUUCUCACGUGCCUCAAGCUGGUGCGGGCGGUAACGCUUAUGCUAUCAAUCUGGAUCUCUCCGGUGGUUCGUCAGGCUUCAUGCGAUUGUCUUGCAAGGAUGCUGCAGUUGAUGCUGUUGCUCUACCCGCUUCGACCUCGGACUCGCAAUUUGCAUUCGAAGACCGCGCGCCUUUCACGUACAUCGAAUAUGCUCUCAAAGACUUGUCCGAGUACCAGUUUGUUGCCGUGGUCGACAAAGCGAGUGAAAUUACCGAUGGAUGGGUCGUAGCCGAAUUUAGCGAUUCUUCCAAAGCCACAGUCACGGUAAAGAGAUCGUUGCGCAGCCUGAUGCUGAGUGGCGUGCAUCGUAUUCUGCCAGCUACACGCGCCAUGGUCAACGAGAUUCGCAUUCCUCGUGUGCAUUCGAGCCUGCUGGCCUACACACUGCGUGUCCAUCAGAAGUGCAACACGGAGCCUCUAUUUCAGCCUCUGCUGAGACAAUACAUCUCAGAACCGUAUGAGUCAAAGUUCUUCCCCAACGUCCGAGGGGAUGUCAACAUCAACUUGCACGGAGUUUCACCUUAUGUCCCUCCGUCAGCGAAUGCGGCUCACACAAAGAAUGGACUAUCACUACAGAUCUGGUCAGAUCCGACAUGUAACGCGGAGAUGAGUGUGUCAAUGGACAUUGACCUCCUGGGUAGUUUUGGCAAACUCUACAUGCGCUACAGGACUGUUUUUGCUGCCUUUCCUCUGGUCGUCGUGGCCCUAGUGCUAAGAAAGCAGUUCAAGAUCUAUGACGCUACCGGCAUCUUCAUGAGCUUUUCCGAAGGCAUGGAUCAAUGCAUUCGCACCUCUCUUCCCGUUCUCUUCAUCGCAUUGUCUUUCUUGUCGCUCGCCCUCGCCAACCAUGCCACUGCCUCGAUUGGCGAAGAAAUUCUUGGACCCCAGCACGAGGCUACAGAAUCAUUCUUGCAGUUUACCAAGAACGAUCUCUUGCUCGGCUCCAAUGAUCCGUUCUUCUUCUGGCUGGUCCCGCUGUUUGGCGUCAUCAGUGUGGGCGUCUGCAUUGUGCUCAAUUACAUUACACUUGCGUUGACACAGGUUUUCACCUUCUGCUACGCCAAACUUAGGAACGUGAGAUUGAGGAACGAUGACGGAAGACGAACAACAACAGCAUUUGCAGUCACCAGCCCUCUGCAGCGCGUCAUCACAACUAGCAUUUUACUCAUCAUGGUUGCGACCAUCAUACCCUACCAAUUCGCCUACCUGGUUCUCUGCCUUGUACAACUUGCAACCGCUGUCCGCGCUUUGCGAUUGGCGCAAGAAACCCGCUCGGGCAACAAUUACAACUUCUACAACUACGUCCACAGCCUAUUGAUUCUCAUGCUCUGGAUCCUCCCCAUCAACCUCCCCGUCCUCGUCGUCUGGGUCCACAAUCUCGCCGUCCACUGGCUCACACCCUUUUCCUCACACCACAACAUCCUCUCCAUCAUGCCCUACAUUCUGAUCGUCGAGACCAUGUCAACCGGCCACAUCAUCCCCCGCUUGCAAUCGCCAUGGCGUCUUGUCAACAAUAUCAUGUUGUUUGCUAUAGGGUUGUAUGCGGCAGUGUAUGGCGUUAGUUACGCGUAUGUGUUGCAUCACCUGGUCAAUGGGGUUUGUGCUUGGUUGGUGGUUGUGCAUUUUGCACCCUUGUUGAUGAAGAGAGGCGGGUUGGAGGGGCAACAGAGGGGCGUAGGGGGAACCCCGCCCACGCCGCCGGGCGAUGGGCAUGUUAAGAAGAUUCCUUGA